AUGGCAGGGAAGGAAGGCGAGUGGAAUCAGGUCGGCCGGAAGCAUGGCCGCCUGCGUCACAUAGCCAAGGCCUCAAAUCCAGUAACCUUGGCAUUGGAACCGGGAUUGGACCUCGGGGGGCUCCGGCCAAAUCCAAACCCCGAGCUCACCGUCAGCGACAUCCACCGCCACCACGAGGCAGCCACCCAGGACUGGAACUCGUCCGAGUGCUGGAAGUCCCUGCAGGCCAUCCUCCUGGAGGCCACGGCAGCCCAGGGCCGCCCAAUCGUCACCAAGGCCGUCUUCCUCGGCCCAGGGCCCUACGACCCGAGUAACGGGAGUUUCGCUGCCCGGCGGACCGCCCACAUGCAGACGGCCGCCUUCCGAUCCAUCGUCCGCACCAUAGACUCCCGAAACGGCAACGGCCGGGCGGCGGCUAUCAGGUGCGUGGUGCAGGAGCCGUGCUUCACGCCGACGGACAAGGAGUUCUGCGCGGCGGUCGGGCUCGAGGUGGCCGAGAGCCCCGCCGCCUUCGCGCUCGUCGACGAGGCCACGCUGGUCUUUGGCAUCCACAUGGAGCUACCGACGUACCACCAGGCCCUCCGUGGUUGCCUGCCCGCCAUCUUCAUCGGCGCCGGCCUCGGCGAGUGGCAGACGGUCAAGGACUUCGACCCGGCGAGCGGCCCGCUCCUGGCCCCCAUCGCCGAGAUGGAUGCGGCCUUUGACAAGUUCGCCUUUCCCGACUUGAAUUACAUGUUCUCGAGCACCGCUGUGUACUGGCGACGGGGCGCCGGUGGCGAUGGCGCAGAGUCUACCUCCACGGACGUGUGA